UUUUCAUGUUUGUGAGAGACAAAAAGGUGGGAAUGAGUGGGGUGAAGGAGUGUAUGCAUUGACAAGGGAAGGGGAUGCCUCUUCUCUGCUCGUGCUCCGACAUCUGCUCACUGGCUAGAGCCAAGGGUGGGAGGAGUUUGAGUGCUCCUGCUGCAGCGGAGUGAGAGAGGGAGAGAGGGAAGUAAGGAGAGAGGAUGCAUCAGUGCCACAGUGUAGAGAAAGAGAGAGACUGCUUUCUGCAUCACAACACUCUAUCCUUAAUUUACAUUCCAGACGCUGGCUUCUCUCUGGAGAGCCCCUUCUCCGUUUGAAAUGCCAAUCACCUCUUGCUGUUCCUUCAUCCUCGAUCACACACACUUCCUCCACGUUGAUGAGAGGUAGCUGAGUACCUGGCACACACUGAAGAGAUUCCCCAGUCUUCGUUGGAUGGGCGACUGAAGUUGCUGCAAAGACAUCAGAUUCUGGAUUACAUCCCUUUUAGGGAUUUGAAGGAAUAAACAAUUUGACUACGUUAUUUUGAGGAAUCUCCAGCACUGCUUUGUUGUGCAUGAUCCUCCGGACUAAUAACUGUGUGACAGCAACUGGGACUUUUAUGAUCAGAGUGGCAAGGACUCCGCUUCCUCUGCUUUUUUCCUGUACUGGCAGCUGCCUGCCCUGUUCAGUCGCAGCUGUGCUUCUGCCCGGAAAGGUGGGGGACUGAUAAAAGAGCGGGGUGUUUAUGUCCUCUACUGUUGGGGCUUGAUCCGGAUUUAAGCUACCCUCCACAACAGCUUGUAGUAAGUGACUCUCCUCAGGAUACUUUAAGUGUGUGCUUUGGUGAAAAGAUUGCUGUGGACUCGCAGCUCAUGUUGCUGCUGAUAUGGAAGGCACCUGGGACAGACACCUCCCCCAUGUUAGCCGUACUGUGGGCAGCCUUUGUUGAGCUAGGCCCCCAAGGAACUUGCACCCUAAUUGUGCGCCCAAGCGCACCCUGAACAAGAUGAACGCAACUGAGUUAAACCAUAGCACACAACCCUUCUGCCUGCUGGACAUUGGCUACUCUCAAAUUUUCAACACCUGCCUGCUGGAAGUAGCUGUUAUUCUCUUGUUGACAGUGCUCAUCAUCUCUGGGAACUUGGUGGUUAUCUUUGUUUUCCACUGUGCCCCGCUACUCAGCCACCAUACCACUAGCUCCUUUAUACAGACUAUGGCAUAUGCAGACUUGCUGGUUGGAGUCAGCUGUCUUAUUCCCUCUCUGUCCCUCCUGCACCAUCUGGAGGGUGUGAACGAGAAACUCACCUGCAUGGUCUUUAGCUACAUGGUCUGUGUGUUGAAGAGUGUCUCCAUGGCCUCUUUGGCGUGUGUCAGUAUCGACCGUUAUGUUGCCAUCACCCGACCUCUUUCCUACACUGCCCUGGUCACACCCUGCCGUCUUCGCACUUGCAUUACCCUUAUUUGGCUGUACUCUGCACUCAUCUUUUUACCGACUUUCUUUGGUUGGGGCAAACCGGGAUACCACGGUGAUGUAUUUAAAUGGUGCUCCUCCUGGGACACCCAGCCUCUUUUUACCGCAUUUAUUGUUGCGGCCCUGUACGCACCAGCUGCUUUCACAGUUUGUUUCACCUACGCCCAUAUCUUUCGGAUCUGUCGGCAGCACACUCGGCAGAUCAGCGAGCGGAGAGCUCGCUUUGGCCCACAGGAUCCCGAGCCGGGUGAGCAAGCCUGCACGGACAAACGCUAUGCCACCGUGCUCUUCCGUAUCACCAGUGUGUUUUACCUGCUUUGGCUACCCUACAUCAUUUACUUUUUACUGGAGAGUGCAGGGAUAUACCACCAUGCCAUUGCCUCAUUCCUGACCACAUGGCUGGCAAUUAGCAAUAGUUUUUGCAACUGUCUCAUCUACAGCCUAUCGAACAGCGCUUUUCGCAAAGGCCUCAAGCGCCUCUGCCUGCUUUGUCUGCAACGAAGUGAUGCCAAGAAGCCCAUAGGAGAUCCACCAGUACCUCCGCGCCCUGCUUGCCAUGUGUAAUGCCGUCUUUUGGCAAGAUAGUGAGCUUGAUGUUGAUAGCAAGGGUCAUGUCAAGUUAAAAGCAGAUACUGAAGAUUUGUCUCGGCAUCUGUGCACUGUCCCAGUUCAAGCCAUUUAGGGCAAGUUGACAAAGGUCAUGUGUAUAGUUGCAGAAUAACCUGACAGCAAGAAAUGGACCCUUGACCUUGUGCUUUAAAGAUGAAGUGGAUAGCUAUGCGAGAGUGGGCUAUUCUCAUCGGUAUUUGUGGAAAUGCAAUUCUUAGCAUUUUUUUGCUGCAAGGAAAAAUUAAGCAAUGAGGAAAGAAGAAAACUGUCAUUCUUGUGAUUGUGUGAUUGUGUCUUUAAAUUGCAUUAAAUAUUGUCAGUAUGCAAAAGUUUUUUUUAGUGACAUUAAAGCAAAGACUGAGUUGAGCUGUCUGCUCAGCCAAUGUCUUCUUGAAGGCAAACUCAUGUUUUUCAGUUACUUUGUGGCAAAUUUGCUGGCCUUUGUGGACUGUUGACUUUUAGUUCUGAUCAUGUGGCCAGAACAGUGAGAACAAGUAGUCUCUGUUUCUCCUGUUAACUGGCUUACAUUUGUUCAUAUGUAGGGAAAAAAGAAAGAUCCCUGGUAGACUGAUCUAAAACCUUAAAUAAUAUAGGUGUUAAAAUUACUUCUAUACAAAGAUUUUAAAGCAUUUCCAAGGGCUUACCUGGUUUUGGACUCAUGACUUAUUUAUGUUUUUACUAGUAAAUGUGAGUCUUGUCUCAGAAUAAUCUGAUCUCUACCUUGCUCUCAGUGGAAGAAUGGGUUUGCUAGUGUUUUUGUCUUUGGAUCCAUGACAAGUCUUGACCUUCAGCAAUCACAAUUGGAUUUUUAAAAAAGCCAUUUUCCCAAAGAGCAGAAGUCCAUCCCAGCCCCAAGCAAUGCCACAAUUACACGGACUUCCCAUUUUCUGCUUAUUUAAAGCCAUGAAGGGAUUACAUAACCACACCUCCAUUCAGAGGACACAUCCUUAGAAAAUGCAGUAAUACAACAGCAAACAGAGGACUUAUUCUGCCUGACUCAAUUUCUAAACCUUGAUCACACUGGAGAUGAACUUCUUAGCUGGAACCCACCCAUUGCAUCAAUUCUUAUAGACUAACCAUCCUGCAAGUCAUUUUGAGAAAAAAAAUCUAUUUGACUACUUGGAGUAUUGCUGGAGUAUCUGCUGGACAGAAUGACUCUUGGACUUGCCCUUUGCCCUGAAGUGUCAGUCGUGUGCAACUCUUUUGCCAUGCCUGGUUCGUUUCCACCGGUUACAAUGUGUUUUAGUGGUAGGAAUGAAAGGUUAAGGGGAAUGGGGAACAUCUGUCCAAAUGCAUUAUCCAAAUCACAAUCACACUUAAAAUAUUGUAUAUUGCAGUUAAGCACAACACAGAAACACUUGACCAUAACAGAUGUUAGUUGCUAAACUCCGCCACACGAUCCUUAGUGAUCGCAGUGGUAAAGGUUGUUGAUGUAGGCAAGAACCAAAAAGAUUGUUUAAAAAAUUAGGACACUUAAUGGACAAAAUGGACGCCAGAAGAAAAUUUACUGAAACCUGAAUCAGGAUGCAAAGGUCAAAGUUUUAAGGCAGAUGUUUCUGAAAAGUCUUGCAUGUGCUUACACACAAAAAAAAGCAGAACCACAAUGAACUGCAUCUUACUGCGCUGUACUAUUUAUCUUUAUGACAUGGAUACAUGUACAUAUUUCAUAUGUGGAGGUGCCAAGAAAAUUGAGGGCAUUGAAAAUCAUGCCCUGUGUCUUUUUUUCAUGCUGUGAUCAUAAAUUUGCUAAUUUGGAUGGUACUGUUAAAAAUUAUUUCUUAUGCAGAUAGCUUUGUCCUCAUAGCUGACCAAAGUAUCAAUAUUUAUUGGUGUUCUCUGAUGGAAUCAUUAUUUUUAUUUUUUUAAUAUAUAUAGAGGAACCACAAAAUGUAUUAACUAAUUGUUGUUGAAUGGAUUGAUUGUUUGUAGUAAGAUGUUAUUAUAAAAACAGUCUGCAUUCCUCUUUGUAUUUAAUCUAAUAGUAUUUAUGACCUUUACCUUCUCUUAUAUUGUUUUAAGAGAAUGUUUUUCAUUGGAGAGGGUUAUGUAUUGUGGCAUAUUCCCAAAUGCUUUUUUUGUAUGACUUAAUGUAAAAAUGCUCUAAUUUUAUCACCAAAACAAGUUUUAUGACUUUCAGCAAUGGAUCUUGUUAAAAUGCCACGUCACUUCAGUUAAUGACUGAAGACUUGCUUUCAUAAUUGUAAUACUGUGAUGUGAAGAAGUGUCUUAUGACUUUGUGUCUUUAAGUGUUUGGUCAAGAUUUUGAUAGGAGACACAUAAAGUCUGAACUGCCAUGUCAUGGCAGGGUGCUGUGCAAUACUUCCACUCACUAGAUAGAGAGAUGGAAAGUGAUAGAAAAUGUAUCACACACAAUAGAAAAAGGGCUUUUAUUUUUUUUCCAAGUUUCCCAGCUUGUUUGUUCAAAUGUAGAUCUUGAUCUUGCAGCCUCUGGCAAAGAUCUGUUUUUGAACCAGAGCUGAGAAAAUUUGUUAGCCAUUUACCCAUCCGUCGCUUUAUUGAUCGCACAUGACCGUGUGUCCGUGCACACAUGGACGUGUAUGUGCAUUAAACAGAACAAAGAUUCAUGUCUGGCCGAAUAACUUGUUUUUAGCAUUCGUCUUGAUUGCUUUGUGGACUUUUUAAUGCCCUGGGAUGCUCUGAACUCACCCAAGACUGCUUCCUCCCUCUCGUCCUGAGAAACCUUCCCCGUAUUCAUUUAAAGGAAUCAAAUUAAAUUAAACGGCCAAGAUUUGAUGGUCAUGCUUGAGAAACUGCCUCGUUUGUGUAUUAACCAUUCGGAUCGGUUGAAUUUUGUGAAACCAUCCAUUUGUUGCUCUGAUUCUGAUGUCUUUUUCCAUUAGUCAGCAGUUUAUUCUUUCUAUAAAAAUGAAACUGAAGUUAGGGUUUUCUGCAUAAAUUGCUGUGAAAAUCCAAAUCUUGAAGCAUGCUUAUCUGUAUUUUCAGAUACUGUAGAUAUUGGUUAUUUCUGUUGUCUGAAGGAUAUUGUAAGUAAGACUGUAUGUAAGUUUUAUGUACUACAAAUGGAAUUGUAUGUUUUGAACUGAGAAUGAGGCCCUGAUGUUGCCUAUUCAUUUGUCAACAUUGCAUGUUUGCUUCAUAGAUGAUGGUACUUCUGUCAUGGGUAAAUGCUGGAGGAAACAUUUCAACUUUUGGGACAUUUUGAUGACAGAGAGCUUUUGUUUGUUUUUGUUCUCCUCAUGAUGCCAAAGCAUUCUUUUUUUUCUUUCCUGUGGGAAAACUGCUCUGUUCUUGAAAUCAAAGUCAAGGGCUAGCGCUCUCAAGGGAGAAAAUCUCCCAAGAUGACUUGCUCUCCACUGUGCCAUAUUAGGACGCAGGACCCAGUUGGCCCCUGCCAUCGAAGUAAAAUGGAGGGCUGAGCUGGAACAGUGUUUUCUCCCUGAAGAACACACCCCUCCGUGCACAAAAAUACACACACUCCUCUGUGUAACUUUGUGUUAAUUGUGCUAGGCGUCUUUGAGUUUAAUCAUGUAUGUUUAAAGUCUUUUAAAUUGCUGAGCCAGGCUUCUUAAUGAAUUGCUCAUGAUCUUGCCCUCCUGUAAGUGGGUCUGGUUUUUAUUUGAUUAACUGGAGAGAAUUGGUUUUUGCCUUUUACUUUAAUGCAUUCCAAAUUGUAUAUCAGUUCUUAUCGCAAGAGAAUAUGAAAGCACUGCAAAGUCUUUGGGAUUAACAAUGUUUUUGAGUGAUGUUGCUUAGCUGAAAGAAAACUUGAUCAGCUUCUCCAUAUUUUCUUCAGCAUAUCAACAAUUUGUCUGGUGUGUAGGGCUGUAGUUGAGGUACUAAUGUGGUGUACCGCAAAUUUUGUAAUGAUGUCAUGUUUUAGAAAAUAAUUGUCAAUAAUAUAUUUAUAUUCUGGUAUAUCUGCACUGAGGAAAUAAAUGUGAUCUUAUCCUA